CUAAAGUUAAAAGUUCAGAGAACUUCGCCAGAGAGAUCGCCGUCGCCCCGCCGACAUGGGCCUCCCCGAGCGAGGCCAAGCAGCGGGAUGGAACCACCUCAUCGCCCCGGUUCUUCUCGCGCUAAGAGACCUACUUAGGGCGCUAGGAAUCGUCGACGCCGUCUCCGUUUCAGUCCGCCUGUCCAAGCUCGCCGGUGACGACUUCGUCGCCGCCGGCCGGUCCUGUUCGCCUCCAGACCUCGUCCGGACUCUCCGACCCCACCUGCGCCUUCGUGGUGAGUUUCUGCGCCUCCUGGAGCUCUCCACUGUCUCCCUCGUCCUUCCUAUCAUGCUCGCGGCGUUGACCGCCGUUGUUCUCUGUAGGGUCUCGUCGCCGGCGCAGUAUGGGGGUACUCCGGUGCCGAGUCAGCGACCUUUUGGUUGCCCGCGAAGUUCUGCAUCCGGCGCCCCUUGCGCUCGUCCCGGUUCGCCCCAUGUCGUCAGUUCCGUGCUCGCCGGCCGGCCGCUGUGUAGCAGGUCAAGCUCCAUCUUCAUCCUGGCGUGCAGCUUCCAGUUUGCACCUUCGUCUGGUUCAAUAAGUGUCCUGGCUCAUGUCAUUCAGCAUCCAAACGAGCAGCCUAGUGUUUCGUCAGGUCUCUACAUAGUCCAGAAAAGCUUCAGUUUGCUGCGUGUCUCCAUCUGUUCAAUAGCUGCCUGGUAGCCGAUCUGAUAUCAAUUCAUGCCAUGUCUCAAUGUUUCUGCCUCCAGUUAUCACAACAAACGUAGCAUCAGUCUAGUGUCUACGUUGCUUGCACUAGCUAGCAGCAGGCAGGGAUCAAUACCUUGCCAGGACAAAUGUGCCUGCCUUUUUGUCGCUGCUUCUGGCCCUGCCUCGAGGCCGACCUGUUUUCCAUCAGCGAUGCUCCGAGGUCCGGCUCAAGUCUCCUGUCUCUGUUUUAUUCUUUUUGCAAACGGUGUAAUGCAUAUCUUUGGAUUGAUAAAAAUACAAUAAGUCUAAACUAUAUAUCUAUUCUAAUCGGAAAAAUCUCAUGAAUCUAAGUAUGUCAUGUAUAUAAAUGUUUGCAUCUUGUCAUGUAGUAUCGUGUUAUUUUGCAUCACAUCUAAUACAUAAUAUGCGGGGUAUUUGGGAAUUGCCGUAUAUGGUUUUCCGCUCCGUUUAAAUUGCGUAGCUCACCCAUGCCAUGUAUUGCCAUGCUUAA